ACGAUAGGAUGUAAUACAAUACUCGUUAACUCAUUCAACAUACGAUUAACAACGAUUCUUCACUAGACGCCACACUGCUUGACCUCUGUGACAAGCAACGUUUGUUUUGCCUGCAUGUAUGGACAAACAACUGAGUAAACGAUGUAAACUGUUUUGAUGUUAUGUUGUAACAAUAACAAACACUAUCCGAGCACGAGUCGCAUGCUCCACCAUCUAGGUUGGGCAUCCGAAAGUGUAUGUUUGUGUGCUUUUGGUUUUGUUUAUCUUGGUGGUUGAAAGCAAACCAAAAAGCAAGUAGAUGAAAAUGGGCCCUGAAGCACGCACUUUUCUUCAGUUUGCGAUAUCUGAAACCCAUGGUCUACUAAGCAGCGCUUUAUAUAUAAAUGAGCGCAAAGUCACAGUACAGUACAGUACAGCUCCAUUCGUACAGCAAGUAGCAAGGUAAAGCAAAAUGAAAUUCUUCAUCGUGUUGGCUGUUGCCUUGGUAUCCGUCAUUGGAUCCAUCCAGGCGGAACAGGUGUCGGCGGAGCAUUACUACAUGCGAAAGAGUUGGCCCGAGGCUCAGGAUGAGUGUGCUGUCUACCUGCGAGUGCCGAACGAGCGUCUUCAACGCUACAUGCGCGAAGGAUACCCCGAUGAGCCGGAGGUGCACUGUCUGGUACUGUGCGUGCUCGAGAAUCUGCGCGCCUGGGAAAAUGGAACACUCCAGGAGCAUGUCCUCGCCAACUACUUCGUCCCGGCUACGGAAGAUUGUGACAACGCCAAGCGUACUGAGCGGUGCCUGGUUAACCUGCCCCAGGAGUGCAACGGAGAGCCAUGCGUGCAGGCUUACCGUGCCUUCCAGUGCUACUACCAGAACUAUGGUACGCUCACCAGCUGCCCUGAGUACGUCCCAAGCUACUACGACGAGGACCUGCAGGAGGCCUACGAUCUAUUCUCCAUGUUGGACGUGUCGGAGGAUACCCGCCGUAAGAUGGCUGGAGGAUGCUUCCCGAGCGGACCGGAAUCGCAGUGCUUCUUCUAUGCCUAUGUGGUCCGAUUCGGUGCCUGGUCUCAGGAUGAGCCGCUUUUGCAGAAUCUCUUCACUCAGACCAACGACGUUACCUUCAAGAAGGACAACGUCGAGACUCAAGCUUGCCUGUCGAACUUGAACAAGCAGGCCUGUAACAAGAGCAAGUGUGCGCAUGUUACCGAUGUCUUCUCUCAGUGCUUUGGUCACACUCAGCUGUACAAGCAUCUGGUGGCUGUCUUCAAACACGCUGCCUUGACGUACACCAAGUAAUAAGAACUAAGGUCGACGGAAUGGUUUGUUCUAUCUUAGCAAAGAAUCAAUAAAUCACUUAUAAUUGAAUGAAAACAGUUACUUGAGUUUAGAGUUUACUCCAUAAAUGUCAUACAGAUAUUCUGCUAGCUGUCUAGACGUCUUCAUCCACAUGGAUUUGAUUUCGUCUAUCUUUCACAGCAACGUGCAUGGCUGAAUAUGCUUAGACGAUAGCAUUGAACCUGUCAUUACGCAAAUUAUGUAUGAUUUUUUAAUGGUAAGAUAAACGAUGGAUCACCAAACUCAAUCAUAUCCAGUAAAAAUUUUAUUCCACUCUUGCUACACCGAUUCCCUCCACCAUACACCAUAUCAGAUAAUCAAAGAACUUCCAGCAAGGCAUGAGGCAUGAUGAAUGAAUUCCCGGCAUGUUCUUGGCACAUUCUAAUCUUACGCGUACAUUAUCACCUUAAAUUGCUACUCGAUCGAUUUUUCCAGCCCGACCCGAUUGUGGUGGGUGCU